CCUUCUUGCAUCACAACAGCCCACACUCAUUCACUGCGCCCUGAAUCAAACAAUCCCAAGCCGAGCUCUCUUCAUCUUCGAUCGAAUCACUCAUGGGAGGAGGAGGAGACCAUGGACACGGAGCGGAAGGGGCCCACGAUCCUGCUGAUUUUAGGAGCAAGGUUUGGAGCAUGUCGGGAGGUCCGAAUUGCAGGCCCAAGCACUGGCGCCGCAACACUGCCGUCGCCAUGGCCGGCAUCUUCCUCAUCUGCAUACCCAUCGCCAUGAAAUCUGCAGAGCUCGAGCAACGGCCUCAUCACCCUGUCCGUCCAAUUCCAUCACAGCUCUGGUGCAAGAAUUUUGGAAAUAAAGAGUACUAAAGCUACCAUUUGGCCAUCAAGAGGAGUUCUGGAUUACUUGAUCCGGCUGUUUGGCUAACGACUCUUUGUUCGCGUUGAUUGAAUAUGUGAGCACCAUUUUACAACUUAAUUUAGAACUAUUGGAAUAAGAUUCUGUAUCGACAAACUAUGGAUCUGGGCUAUAUUAUAGCUAUGAUUUUAUUGUCAAUACUUUGCUAAAACUCCUGCUUACAGUCAUCAAUGGAAUGUGGACUGUAGACUGGUAUCAGAAUUUAUGCUUUUGUCUAGUUGAUGUCAUGGAGUUGCUUUUGUUCCUUGUAGCGUGUCAAAAACGUUUUAUUUGAUAGUGAUUGGUGAAAUGAUGGACACCAAGGUCUUGGCUCUUGAA